ACAGGCCGCCCUCUCCAAUCCGCUCCUCCGGAGAUUCGCUUUCGCAGUUCGCUGUUCGCCACCGCAACCAGCCCGAACCUGUUCUCUUGUAUUUUUUGCGUUGCUGCAGCAAUCAAGGUGGCCCCUGUUAUGCCUAACUACUCUCCGUCCUCCGCGUCGGCCAUUGUCGCCGAUGCAGUGCCCGGGUCGCACGUCCUCAAGAUCGAGGGGUACUCCCUAACCAAGGGGCUCGGUACCGGCGAAUUCGUCAGAUCCGAGAACUUUGUCAUCGCAGGCCAUCGCUGGCAUAUCAAGUACUUCCCCGAUGGUGUGGUUUCGGACGACGCCGACUGGAUUGCCAUCUUCGUGCAACGUGAUGAUGACACCGAUGGUAAGGACAUAAUGGCGAGACUCUGGAUCAGCUUACUUAACCACGAUGGAGAAUCUGUGCCAUCGCACGACAUGAUAAGUUCUCAGUUUGAAAAAUAUUCUCCGAAAACUGCACGAGGAUGUAACAAAUUCCUGAAAAGGAAAGAUUUGGAGGAGUCAAGGUAUCUCAAGGACGAUUGUUUCAGUAUCAGGUGCCAUGUCACCGUCAGGAAUGAGAUCCGCACCUUCAAGACGCACUCAGGGGCCAUGCCGUUGGUCGCCGUGCCGCCGUCCAACUUGCACCGGCACCUGCUCGGCCUCCUGACGAGCGGAAAGGGAGGGGACAUACUUUUCGAGGUGGGUGGUGAAACGUUCGCCGCGCAUAGGUACAUCGUCGCUGCUCGGUCCCCGGUCUUCAUGGCGGAGCUGUUGGGUCCUAUGAAAGAGAAGGCGGCAACCUGCAUACGGAUCGAUGGCAUGGAAGCCAAAUUCUUCAAGGCGAUGCUUCACUUCAUCUAUACCGACUUGUUGCCUGAUAUCGAUGAGGACGAAAUUGUGGGGAUGGCACAACAUUUACUUGUCGCCGCGGACAGGUAUAACCUGGAGAGGCUGAAGUUGAUGUGCGAAGAGACGUUGUGCAAGUCCAUCAACAAAGACACGGCGGCAACUACAUUGGCCUUGGCUGAACAGCAUGGUUGUGAUGGUCUUAAGAAGGCAUGCUUCGAGUUCCUCGCUUCUGUUGACAACCUCAAGGCAGUCAUGACAAGCGAUGGCUUUGCACAUUUGAAGAGCAGCUGUCCCUCCAUCCUAGAGGUGCUGGUCACCAAUCUUUCUCGCUGACUUCUUCAAUGACAGAGCAACAAAACCUGAAGAUUUCAGAAAAUUAUUAUGCAAUCGUCAUGCUACUACCAUUACCCUUUAACCGUGAAAAGAAAGGUUCAAGUGUGUAACUGCAUGUAUCAACUAUAUAUUUUGG